GCGGGGCGUCUGAUAAACCUUGUGAGCAAUACGCUUCUAUGUAAAAACAGUAUCCACACUAAUCCACAUCACAAACCCCAUCCCAAUUCCCAGGCCCCGCCGCGUGCUUGUGGCCGCCGCCGCCGCCGCCGCGAGAGAGAGAGAUGUCGCUCUGCUGCUGCUGCAGCACCGCCACCGGCCGCGGCGUUCUCCUCCCUAGCCUCCUCCUCGGCCGACGCCACUGGACGGGUCACCACCUCCUCAACCUCCGGGCCACCACGACCGUCGUAUCCUCCUCCUCCGCGGCCGCCACCUCCUCCCUCUCGCCGCCGCAGCAGCGCCAGAUCACCGUCUACGUGGACACUCUCCUUGAAUGGAACCAGAGAAUGAACCUCACCGCCGUCACCGACGAGGCCGAGGUCAUGGCGCGCCACGUGGCCGACUCUCUCGCCAUGCUGCCCCCGCUGGAGCGUGUGUACCGCGGCCGUUCCACCUCCGCUGGUGGCGCUAUCGACGGAGUCAGGCUUAUUGACGUCGGCUCUGGCGCUGGGCUCCCGGGCUGGAAGUUUACGCUGUUGGAGUCGAUGCGGAAGCGGUGCACGUUCUUGGAGCAUGCUGUUGAAGCCAUGAACUUGUCAAAUGUGGAUGUGGUGUGUGACCGAGCUGAGAAAGUUGGCCAAAGUCUUGAUUUCAGAGAAAGUUAUGAUAUAGUAGCUGCAAGAGCCGUUGCUGAACUGAAAGUUCUAGCGGAGUACUGCAUCCCAUUGGUUCGCAUUGGUGGUUUGUUUAUAGCUGCAAAAGGACAUGAUCCCCAUGAAGAAGUCAGAAAUGCAGAAGGUGCAAUAAAGAAAUUGGGUGCUUCAAUGCUUGAGUUAUGUAAUGUUGAAUCAAUGGGACCUCAUGGUCAACGAACAGCUGUUCUAUACGUCAAAGAACGUGCCACUCCAAAAAAGUACCCGCGCCUUCCAGGUACUCCUUCCAAGGCGCCAUUAUGAGGAGCAUGUAGACUUUUUCUAUCAAUUAAAGACCGAUAAUUGUGAUUGACCUAGUUAGUAGGCCGUCUUGCUUUACAAGGAUGGCAGGGUAUCUUGGAAUCGAAUAUCUGCUAAGGGUUUCAGGUAUAUCUAUGUAUGGCUCAUCGUGCUUCGUGCCAAACAAGUUUGUACAGGAAAGCCUAAAAAACUUUUGGUUCGUGCUAUAUCAGUCCGAAGUGUAAAAACAGUGGCUCAGGCUAGCCCGAAACCACGUUAUACC